AACUCGCCCAGCGUUUACCAGCUCGCCUUUCAAACUGGGAACAAAAAGGAUCCUGCAAACUUCUGAGCAGCGCACCUGGAAAAGAAUUUCUGCUUGGAAAUUGAAUGGCUUCUGAGAAAAUGACCAACUGUGUUGUUUCGGACUCUAACUACGCUGAGCUGGUUCUAGAUGUGGGAAAAGUCACUUUGGGGGAGAAGAAGAGAAAGAAAAUGAGAGAUUCUCAACUGAGAAAAAAGCAGAAUGAAAACCUCUCAAAAUGUGUGAUUACUUUGCUGAAUUCUGGAGGGGGGAUGAGCAAGAUUGAAAUUGAGAAUGAAGAUUAUAGUUAUGAAAAAGAUGGAAUCGGAUUAGAUUUGGAACAUUCUUUAGCCGAUAUGGUUCCAAUUGUUCAUAAAUACUUUGACUUUAUGAAACAAGGUAAAUAUUUUCUGAUUUUUGUCAAAUCGUGGAGCUCCAAAAUCCCUGGGAUGAAGAUUGCCACCUUGAGUUCCAAUUUGUACAAAAGAGAUAUAACCUCUGUAAAUGUCAUGAAUGCUACCGUGGCACUGGAAUUCCUUAAAGACAGGGUAGAAACUAGAGAGAGAUUUUCUUUAAUGUCGAAAUCGUCUUCAAAGAGGUGCCGAGAAGAAACAGAAGAAAGUAGCACAAAGGCCUUGGCUUCUGACUUUUUUAAUAGGACGCAACUCAGGUACAGAGAAAAACUCACCUUUACUGAAUCCACAUAUGUGGAAAUUAAAGACUUCUCAACACAAAAGCUGUUACAACGCAUUAAAGAGAUUCUCCCUCAAAACGUUUCUGCAUUUGCAAAUACUCGUGGGGGAUAUUUGUUUAUUGGUUUAAGUGAAGAAAAACAAGAAGUAAUUGGCUUUAAAGCAGAGAAGAGUGACCUUGACAAGUUAGAAAGAGAAAUAGAAAAAUGCAUCAGCAAGUUGCCUGUCUAUCACUUCUGUAUGGAGAAGAAGAAGAUAAAUUAUUUAUGCAAAUUCCUUGAGGUAUACGAUGAAGAAAAUCUUUGUGGAUAUGUCUGUAUGCUCAAAAUAGAGCCAUUCUGUUGUGCAGUGUUUGCCAAAAAGCCGGAUUCCUGGCACGUGAAAGACAAUCAAGUGAUGCAGCUGUCCGUGGAGGAGUGGGUGCAAUUAAUGAUGGGUCCUGAACCAGAUUUUUCCAGGUUGUUUGAAGAGAUGAACCUUCAACGAAGUAUGUUAUCACCAAUUCCCCAUGAUUGGUCUGUUGAUAAAAGUAAGAAUUUAGAAAGUCAUCAGCAGAGAUAUCACUUUAGAGUGCCAUCAGAAAAGGUGACGUAUAUUCCAGAAAUCUUCUGCAAGAGACUGUUCUCACAACAUGAAGGACUUGCACAGUUAAUACAUAAAGAAAUGGGCUCUGUUCAUCAUGGUACAUUGAUCUUUUCUAAAAGUUGGUCUUCGGAUCUGGACUUGCAAGAGAACCAGAGCGUCAUCUGUGAUGCACUUCUAAUUUCCCAGGACCGUCCACCAGUCUUAUACACCUUCCUCAGGGAACUGAAUGAGGAACUAAAAGGUUAUUCUAUACAAACUGCCUUAACUUUAAAGAAGAAACUGGUAAAAAUUGGUGGCUACACUGGUAAAGUGUGUGUCAUGACAAAGAUCUACUGGAGUGAAGAAUCUUCUUUAUUAACUGAAGGCAGUGCAAGACUUCUUCAUGAUUCAAGCUUAUCUGCAAUUUACCCUAAGUCCUACACCCUUAUAACCAGUCAAACAAUGAAUGACUUAAAGAAGGCCCUUUUUAUAGUCUUGAAGAGACUUGGAACUUUGAGUGAUAAAUUUGAUUCUGAGAUUUUUCAACAUCUCUUGAGCAAUCAGCAUGGAUUACUUUCUGAGGAAUGACAAAAGGUUGUUUAAAUAUCGUCCAGUUCAGUUUAGUCGCUCAGUUUUGUCUGACUUUUUGCAACCCCACAGACUGCAGCACGC